AUCGGCCGCGGUAGUAGUACACAGACAGCAAAUGACAAAUACGCCGUCCCAUAUAGUCAGUACUGUUAGAAGUACGGAGUGUUCCUCAGUUUGACGAAAACAUUUCAAUAACACUUACUUUCUCCGUCCGAGCUUCAGGAAAAAAACAUGUCGCUGUCUACUUUGACAUGUCUUCUGCUUGUUUUUGUGUUGACUGGAACGAAUGCUGCUUCCCUUACGUACGCAAAGAACUUAUCCAUCGCCUUAUCCACUGGAUACAACAAAGAACUCCGACCAGUCGAUGACCAGAAUAGCAAUGUGUCCAUUACUAUUGAUAUGUAUCUCAUCUCUAUCAAGGACUUUGAUGAGGUCUCAGGAACAUUGAAUGUCGUAGCCGUGUUAAUCAUAAAUUGGUAUGAUGAGUCUUUGAUUUGGGAUCCAGCUGCCUACGAUUGGAUGCACAACAUAAACAUAGGACAAAAUAAUAUAUGGCUUCCUAAACUCUACAAUCUCAAAGUCUCCAACUCAUUUACUGCCGUCAGCGAUUCUGACCUAAAGGUGAGGAUUCAUAACGAUGGUUUGAUUACAUGGCAGCCAGGCGGCCUCAUAGACGUCAAAUGUAACCCGGAUGUGUCGUACUUCCCAUUUGAUACUCAGACAUGUUCCAUACAGUUUGCAACAUGGGGCUAUUCGCAAAGCGAAGUUUGGCUUAAGCCAUUUAAAAAAGAAUUAACAUUGGAUUUCUAUGAAACUAAUGGCGAGUGGUCCUUAGAUAAAACUUCAACAGGAACGUCUGAGCUCAGCGAUAUCAGUCUAGCUAUUUUCAAUAUCACAAUCUCACGACUUCCAGCUUUUCAUAUUGUCAACACCCUCAUGCCAAUCUUCCUGUUAAUGUUCAUCAAUCCGCUGGUGUUCUUACUGCCAUGCGAUUCAGGAGAACGUGUUGGAUUCAGUUUGACAGUGUUCCUCACCUUCACAGUAUUCAUCACCAUCAUCAACAGUGUCCUUCCCGCCAACUCUGAAAGCAUGUCCAGAAUAUCCUACUUUAUUUUUGUUGUCCUCGUCGCCAGUGGCGUCAUCGCGUCCAUCAACAUAUUCCAACUGCGAAUGUACCACAGGGAAGAAAGCUUGGAAGUACCUCGAUGGUUGGUUAGAUUCGUGCGUAUUCUCAACUGCCAAUUUAAAUCUGGUAAAAACAACGUCAACUCUUUUUGUCCAGAAGAUGCAAACUCGAAUUCAGUUACAGAUCACGAAAGAAUUGGACAGUCUGUUACAAAAGAACACCCACCAGUAGACAAUAUUCAAGAAAUGACGUGGAAGGAUGUCGUGCGUAUUACGGAUAAUUUUUACAUGUUGGUUUUCUAUGUAACUAUAUCUGUGUCCAGCAUUGCUAUUCUGGUCAGUAUGUCCCAGGGUAACAAGUGACCCCAACUUGUAAAGCACGCCCUGUGUUAUAUAUCUGUUUGUGGUAUUAACUAUAUGUUAGCCAGUAAAAGUAACGAUUAUGCCACAAUUUU